CAAACGAAAGAGAGAGCCGUCGUGUACGUACAUCGAAGAGAAACGCAAAGCGAAAAAAGUGUGUGAAGAAGAGUGCUCUCCAUCAUCAUCACCAGGAACUUCAGGGUGAAAGAUAUUUCCGUGAAAAUCCUCGACUAAUCCGCGUUCCUUGCCGGAAAUUCCAUCGUGAACCGAAUCUAGCCGCUGCGUGCUUCAUUUUACGCUAGUUCAAAGCGUCGUGUUUCUCUUGUUGCUCGAGACGAGCCUUAUCUUGUGGAUUUUAAAAUCAAAUCAGCGGCGCAAAUAUGUUCAUUUGGGAUUGGUUCACCGGUGUCCUGGGAUACUUGGGCCUAUGGAAGAAAUCCGGCAAACUGUUAUUCUUAGGUCUGGAUAAUGCCGGCAAAACGACAUUGCUGCACAUGCUCAAGGACGACAGACUGGCACAGCACGUUCCGACGUUACAUCCUACGUCCGAGGAGCUGUCCAUUGGCAAUAUGCGUUUCACCACAUUCGAUUUGGGUGGACACACGCAAGCCCGUCGAGUUUGGAAGGAUUACUUCCCGGCGGUGGAUGCGAUCGUGUUCCUGAUCGACGCCUGGGACCGCAGCCGUUUCGCCGAGAGCAAAAACGAACUGGACUCAUUGCUAACCGACGAAGCCCUGUCCAACUGCCCCGUGCUCAUCCUGGGCAACAAAAUCGACAAACCAGGCGCAGCUAGCGAGGACGAACUUAGGAAUCACUUUGCCCUGUACCAAUUGACCACCGGAAAGGGUAAGGUAGCGCGUAACGAACUUCCUGGACGUCCCUUGGAGCUGUUCAUGUGUUCAGUACUGAAACGGCAGGGCUACGGAGAGGGUUUCCGCUGGCUUGCUCAGUACAUCGACUAAUAGGAGAGUACAGAGUUUUGUGCGCGCUAGAGAUGUAAAACAAUUGACAAACUAGGAACAAUAGCAGCAAAGCGGAAACAACCAACGAUUGGCGAUAAACUACACGACACACACAUACUAUAAAUGGCGCAUGAGAUAACACUGUCGCAAUCUUCUUUAUUGCAACAGAAUUUAGGAUAAACGUGAGAGUUUUCCGGGCAAUGGGUCUAAGAAGUAUUUAGGGACGCGUGAUAUUUAAUAAAAGAAAAAAAUAGUUGAAACAAAUUGAGCAUGAACUACUGUUUCACACCGUACGUCAACCAUUCAAAGCCACACACAAACACAUACACACAGACAUACACAAGUGCAUAGCAUCAGACAGUCAACGGGAUGAAAGUCGCGGUCAGAUGAGUUUUACAUUGUCUCAAAAACACUGCUAGAUUGGGACAUAAUCUACUACACAAAUCCAUAGCUGAGCCUUUAACUGUUUGUAUGUUUAUUUUUUUUUGUUCUCAACUCGUGGUACUUUUUAAAGUUUGGUAUCGAACAAUACGUUAUUGUUCUGUUUCCCCAGAUGAAUAGUUGGCAUUUAGUUCGCCCUACUUCCAAUCUUACUACCAUUGAUGAAAAAAGACAUAGCAAGAAACUUACAGCCUCACAGCAAGCUUACAAGGGGCUGCAAAACAGAUCAGAUUUGUGGGCAGAAUCAGGCAUUAUGUUAUCUACCAAUCAGUAAUGAAACUCCAGAAUUUUUAGAUAUAAAACCAUAAAAACACAAAA